GUUUUGUAUAAAUUCGUUGAUUAUUACUCAAAUAGUUUAGUGCUCGAGAAGAAAACUACGUCGAGAGAAAAAUCUAUUCGCAGAAGAACUUUAGUCAUUUUUCCAUCGUUCCACAAUUCACUCGCGUCAUACUUAAAAAGGAAAAAUUUAUAAAAACAAUAAUACGAAUAGAAACCAAGAACACAGUGUUUAAUCGUUCUUGUUCAUGUUGAACAAAAAACACGAAACAAAAACGAAAAUGGGUGCAUCGCUUAGACAGAACGACGCAGAGUUCGAAGAGUUGAGUUCUACCGAACAACUGUUCAAUUGGAUCACCAAAGUGAGAACGAAGAAAAUCAAAUAUCUGCGCAGUCGUCGACGCAACAUUCGUGUCGAGGCGGUUUUGGGUUAUGCCUUGUUGGAAGCAGAGCAAGAAUUACGAAGAAAACAGGUAGCCAGAAUCAAUCGCUGGCAACAACUCAAGAAGCAAAUGGCGACCAAUAAUAACAAUAAUACGUGCAACAACAAUAACAUUUCAUCGAAAGGUGUGGAAAUGGAUUGUCAAGAAAGUGUUAUUGGAGACAGUAAGAAGGUUUGGUCAAGCGAACUCUAUCCCGAAUUGAGCAGUCUGGACAAUUUUAUAUCUAAGCUGAGUUCGAUCAAAGCGCCUGUUAAACGUUGAAUAACUGAAUCUUCGUCGCGAACGAGAAAAACCUUUAUACACAACGGCUUGAAAAGCUGCAAAACGGAAGAAGACUUCUUCGAAGAUGACAUCGCGUUAUUGCAUUUCUAUUUCAUGAAGAAAAAAAAGCAGAUCUACGCGGGUGGGGAAGGGUUUCGAAGUUAUCGACACGCAAGGAGUCUGGCUAAGCUCGCGUGAAUAAACUUGUUCGAGAUUUUUUUCCUUCGAAGCGAAAGAGAUUAUUUCUCUUUGGAUGUGCGCGUGUCCAGGCCCUACGCGAAGAUAAAUAUUCUGGUCAACCCAAUAUCCCGAUGUAUAUCCGGAUGUUUUUUAAUUGCAGUCUCCGCGCCGUUUGACAUGGCAAUGAGGGUCAAUGCGACGGGGGGAGAGAAAGAGAGAGGGAGAAUGAAAGGGAGGGAGUUUGAGAGAUGGGUGGAAUAUCUCGAAGAAUGAACCAGUUUGAGUGACAUCAUGAUCAACUACCGAGAUGUCAACCCGGGCGGCUUACCAUAACUGGGAGUGACAGAAUGAGAGGCGGCUGUGCUGCGCCCCCAGUUCGCUAUCGACGAUCCUACUGUUUGGUUUGUAAAGCGUAUCGACAAAAAACAAACAGACAAAACAGCCCCAAAUAUUCAAUUUUUGUUGAUAUGUUUCUGUUUCCUCAUUGUUGCUUCACUGCAAAGUUCAAGUUCCUAGUUUAUGAUACAUACGAGAAUCGAAUAUGAUUUUUCUUACUUGAAUAUCAAAAAAAUAGUAAUUUUGUAGAUACAAUGUGAUUUAUAAAUUUUUUAAACUUGACGCCAAUGUUGCAUAAAAUAGUUUCAUUGUAAAUUUGCUUCGUUCAGUUAUUCGCAAAACCCAACAAUUUCGUAUGGGUAAUUUUCGCCGAUUUUAUACUGGAUUAACUUGUACAUAAACUUUAUAUAUAUAUAUAUUAUUAUAAAUACUGCUAAGCUUAAUAUUACACUGUUUUAUAGAUGGGGAGUGCAGGCGACAUAAACGUAAUUUCAUGAAUAAAUAUUGUUGAAAAAAAAUUUGUAUACAGGAAA